CGCCGGGUUCCCGCGGCCCGCGCUGGGAGCGGGCCUAGAGCCUCCGCGAGAGGGGCUCCCCGCGUCCGCCUUGACCCCGCUCCGCCGGGCAGCUUGAAGCGUCGCUGGCCGUGGUCGCCGCUGGGGCAUCAAAAUCAGUAGCAAGUUGCUGAGACUAAGUGAAAGAAGCAGGAUGCAGAAUCAUGAUAACUAGAAAAUUCAGUUCUUCACAAUAUCCCUGACCUGUCUGCCUCUGGAAUGCUAGCGGGUGUCCGCAGUGCCUAUGGUGGCUAGUCAUUAAGCAUGUGGAAUGAAUGCAGCAGAGCUGUUACAGGUCCCUUUCUCUGUGUAUGGUUCUUCAUUUACUUGGCGGUCUCCUGAGAAUAGAUCACUAAAGGAUAUUUCAACAUAUCAAAAAGAAGCUAAAGCAAAUCGAGAUCGUUGGGAUAGAUGGAUUUUUGUCAGUUUCUGUGAACUAAAGCGAUUCAAUGUCUCUUUUGGAUUGCUUCUGUACUUCACGGACACGAGUUGAAUCCCUCAGACCUGAGAAACAGUCUGAAACCAGUAUACAUCAAUGCUUGGUUGAUGAGCCAGCCCACUCCUGGUCACCUCCAUCUGCCAGAGCCAGUGAAGUGAUAUGUUCCACUAAUGUUGCUCACUAUGAAUUGCAAGUGGAAAUAGGAAGAGGAUUUGACAACUUAACCUCUGUCCAUCUUGCACGGCAUACUCCUACAGGAGCAUUAGUAACUAUAAAAAUGACUAAUCUGGAAAACUGCACUGAAGAGCGCCUGAGAGCUUUGCAGAAAGCGGUGAUUCUAUCCCACUUUUUUCAGCACCCCAAUAUUACAACUUACUGGACAGCUUUUACUGUUGGCAGCUGGCUUUGGGUUAUUUCUCCAUUUAUGGCCUAUGGUUCAGCAAGUCAGCUAUUGAAGACCUACUUUCCUGAAGGAAUGAGUGAAACUUUAAUAAGAAACAUUCUCUUUGGAGCAGUGCGGGGAUUGAACUAUCUGCACCAAAAUGGCUGUAUUCAUAGGAGUUUUAAAGCCAGCCAUAUCCUCAUUUCUGGCGAUGGCCUAGUGACCCUGUCUGGCCUGUCCCGUAUGCAUAGUUUGGUUAAGCACGGUCAGAGGCGCAGGGCUGUGUUUGAUUUCCCACAGUUCAGCACACCAGUGCAGCCGUGGCUGAGUCCAGAACUGCUGAGACAGGAUUUACAUGGAUAUAAUGUGAAGUCAGAUAUUUACAGUGUUGGAAUUACAGCCUGUGAAUUAGCCAGUGGGCAGGUGCCUUUCCAGGACAUGCAUAGGACUCAGAUGCUGUUACAGAAACUGAAGGGUCCUCCAUAUAGCCCACUGGAUAUCAGUAUUUUCCCUCAAUCAGACUCUAGAAUGAAAAAUUCCAGAUCAGGGAUAGACUCCGGGAUUGGAGAGAGUGUGCUUGUCUCCAGUGGAACUCACACAGUCAACAGUGACCGGCUGCACACACCGUCCUCCAAGACCUUCUCUCCUGCCUUCUUUAGCUUGGUACAGCUCUGCUUGCAGCAAGAUCCUGAGAAAAGGCCAUCAGCAAGCAGUUUAUUGUCCCAUGUAUUCUUCAAGCAGAUGAAAGAAGAAAGCCAUGAUUCCAUACUCUCACUAUUGCCUCCUGCUUACAAGCCAUCAGAAGUGCCACCUACGGAGUUGCCAUGGACUGAGCUGGAGUGCGAUUUUCCUGAAGAAAAUGACCCAGACUGGGAAUUCUAGGGCUGCCAAAUCAUUUCAUGUCCUAUAUACUUGACACUUUCUCCUUGCUGCUUUUCCUUCUGUUAUGCUAGGUACAAGUAUCAAAACUAUACUUGAAAAUACAGUUGGUGCACUGGAGAACUGAUCCAUUAGGACCACUCUGUUCAUAGGGCACGUGUUUAUCGCCCACCGGCCAGAUCAGAGUGCCUCCACAACUCCAACGUCAGAACUGCUAAUCCAGCUACAGGAGUGUCAUCUGUUCCUGAUCCCCCCAAGCUGUGACUACGCCACUCUGAUCUCAGUGUAAUUUUUGAGCCAGUUAUUUUUUCCUCCAUUUGCUGUCAUCUGGGGAAUGAACCCUGAGUGGACAGCAAGUGCUUCAAAGGAUACCUUUUUCUUCCAGAUUCUCUAUCUAGCCUUUUGACCAGCUAUUGUUAGACCAAUAGGCUGGUUUAUCUUAGCGCAAAGCCCUUUUUUGGAGAAGGGAAAAUGUUUAUACCACCGCUUUACACAUGGUGAUAUCAAACUGAGCCUCCCUCACAUUAAUUGACUCACUUGAAAUACCUAGAGAAGAUAGGAUUUUCAUUGUUAGAAAGGGGUCUAAAGUAACAUUUUUUCUACCUAUGUAAAUUAUAGAUCCUAAAUCAUGCACCCUGUGGGAGCUCAAUAAAGAUUUAUUGAAGUAA